AUGGCUACGAGAGUAUCGGGUGGUCCCAUUGAGCUUUGCAUCAGGGAAAAACUCACCAGCCAGCUGAGCCCUGUGGUGCUAGAGAUCCGUAACGACUCGUGGAAACACGCGAGUCACCAUGGGUUAAGACCGGAGGGAAAUACUACGGAAUCACACUUCAAGAUAGACAUCGUCAGUGAAGCGUUCCAAGGCAAAUCUCAACCUGCUAGACACAGGAUGAUAUACGCUAUCUUAGAUGAUGAGAUAAAGAAUAAAGGUGUCCAUGCCUUGCAAAUGAAGACAAAGACCCCUACUGAGGCGAACAAGUAG